AUGGCUACCCCCAGGCGGCAGUGCGCUGUGCUCGUUCGGGCUUUGUUGGGGGUCUGGCAGGUGGGCCGGCGUGCAGGGACGGUGUGGGUUUCUCCGCCCGGCUCGCUCCUCGGUAACCAGGUGAGGUGCGUGUCCCGUGUCGUGGGCGCCGCUUCCUCUGGUCCCCUCCUGGCCUCGGCAUCAAGUCGUUACGGUCAGGACUCCGCCUUGGACCGUAUCCUUGGAUUCCCUCAGCCUGACAGGUCGUUGGCUCCGAGCAUCCCCGCGGUGUCGGUGCACAGAGAAGAGCAGAAUGUGCUCUUGGUCCAUACUCCCGACAUGCCUGAGAAUCCACGGGUCCUCCGAGUGGUCCUCCUGGGAGCCCCAAAUGCAGGGAAGUCAACACUCUCCAAUCAGCUGCUGGGCCGUAAAGUGUUUCCUGUCUCAAAGAAGGUUCACACCACUCGAUGUCAAGCUCUGGGGGUCAUCACAGAGAAGGAGGCCCAGCUGAUUCUGCUUGACACACCUGGCAUCAUCAAUCCUGUUAAACAGAAGAGGCACCAUCUGGAACUCUCUUUGUUGGAAGAUCCAUGGAAGAGCAUGGAAUCUGCUGACCUUGUUGUGGUUCUUGUGGAUGUGUCAGACAAGUGGACCAGGAGCCAGCUAAACCCCCAGGUGCUGCGCUGCUUGACCCAGUUCUCCCAGGUCCCGAGCAUCCUUGUCUUAAACAAGGUGGAUUGCUUGAAGCGGAAGUCAGUUCUUCUAGAGCUGACAGCAGCCCUCACAGAAGGCGUAGUCAACGGGAAGAAGCUCAGUAUCCAGCCGGCCUUGCACUCACGCCCUGGCACCCACUCCCCCAGCCCUGCCACUCAGGACCCGAAUAUACACGCAGGGAGAAACCCUCAGAGAAUUGGAUGGCCCCACUUCCAGGAGAUCUUCAUGUUAUCUGCACUAAACACCAAGGAUGUGAACACAUUAAAGCAGUACCUUCUGGCACAGGCCCGGCCAGGACCCUGGGAGUUCCACAGUGGGGUCCUCACUAGCCAGACCCCUGAAGAGAUCUGUGCUAAUACAAUCCGAGAGAAGCUGCUAGAGCAUCUGCCUGAAGAGGUGCCCUACUGUGUGCAGCAGAAGACAGUGAUCUGGGAGGAAGGACCAAGUGGGGAGCUAGUGAUCCAUCAGAACCUUCUGGUGCCCAAAGAAUCUCACGUGCGGAUCCUGAUUGGUCAGAAGGGCCUCUUGAUCUCCCAGAUUGCACAGGAAGUGAGCCGAGACCUUAUGGACAUCUUCCUCUGUGACGUUCACAUCCACCUCUCUGUGAAACUUCUCAAAUGACCGUUCGCUGCUGCUACUCCC